AUGCAGACGAUUCCAUUAGGAGGGACAUUGAUAUCAACAACAGUGAAUAGCAGCAUCCUCUCUCUCAAUUUCAAGAAUCCGAAAACGUUUUCCAAGAUUUACCCUCACCCCAGAUCAGGGCUUUGUAGGGCCAGUCAAAUGGCUGAACUGUUCCCAACCGGGUCUCCAGAGAUUUUUGUUCGGGAAGCCAGGUUAGAGGACUGCUGGGAAGUGGCCGAGACUCACUGCAGUUCCUUCUUCCCCGAAUAUUCUUUUCCUCUAGAUUUUAUGCUGAGAAUUGAUAGGCUCAUUGGAAUGCUAUUUGGAUUUUCAAUACCAAAUGGCUGCAAGAGAACUUGCCUGGUUGCCGUAAUUGAAAGUUCGGAUGAAGAUGCAUUCAAUUUAGGAAGUGAGAAUACGAAAAUCGGGGUGUUUGAUGAAAAAUUUAGUCUAAAUAAAGGGUACGUAGCUGGGAUAUUGACUGUGGAUACUGUUGCUGAUUUUCUUCCAAGAAAAGGACGACUGCGACAGAGAAGGUAA